GAAAUCAACCAAUCAUUGGUUGGUUGGUGGGCGGGACUAUAGAACUUCAAACCGCUCUGCGCCUGCGCAGUAGACUACUGCGCUCACAGCUGUACACAUUGACCCCAGAGAGAGUCAGCUGCGGAGGUUUGGACAAAUCAACCCUCAUUCAGAAAUGGAGACUUUGUUGAAGGUCGACAGGUAGACAUCAGGCUUUUCCUUCAUCUCCACUUCUGCCGCUGUGAAGAGGAUAUCAUCCAUUCAAGUUAACUACAGCCGUCCGUACCUCCUCCUCCAAAGCUGCUUCCCUCCCUACACAUCUCACUGCCUUUAAGUCUUCAGCAUGUAUCAGAUCGUGCCGGUGGCUCCCGGGGAGCAGCAGAUGUCCGGAGGAUCCGGCAGUUCCCCGCUGAAGAAGAAACUGGCUCACGAGGGCCGGCCCCUGGUGAUAGCGGGCAUGUUGGGCUGUGUGCUGGUGCUGGCUGCCGUGGUGGCCUGGUGCUACUACUCCGCGUCCCUCCGUAAAGCCCAGCUGCUGAAGGCUGAGCUGCUGGACCUCAACAAAGACGGUUUUAUUAUUCAUAACCAGGCGGGGGCUCUCAUCUUCAGUAUGACCUUCAGGUCUGGCACUCUGAAUCUGGACUCCUGCUCAAAGGAGGGAAAUACUCUGAGCUGCACUCAGUCCGAUUCUGGCAAGCUCAACUUCUUCAUCCAGACGGUUCGGCCAAGGGACACGGUGAUGUGUUACCGCGUUCGCUGGGAGGAGCUGCAGAGUAAGCGCUCGGUGGAGCACGCCAUGGCCUAUAACGACUCUCACUGGUACGGAGGAGCCGAGACGGCGACCCAGUACUGGCCUAUCAGGAUGCAGGGCGAGGAGGAGCCGCAGCCUUUCAUCACCAGCGACGUCUACUCCAAUCGCAACGCUUUCGGGGGAAUUCUGGAACGCUAUUGGCUGUCCUCGAAUGCGACUGCCAUCAAGAUCAACGACUCGGUACCUUUCCAUUUGGGCUGGUCCGAAAAGGACAGGACACUCAGGUUCCAGGCCCGAUACCAGGACUCUCCCUUCAGACCACCAAAGGGUCAGCAGGCCUUACCUGAACUCAGCUAUAGAGUGUGUGUGGGCUCGGACGUCACCUCUAUUCACAAAUAUAUGGUGCGUCGGUAUUUCCCGAAGCCUAUCAAGGUCCCGUCUCCUGAAGUGUUCAAACAGCCGUUGUGGUCCACAUGGGCUCUCCACAAGACGGCCAUUACUCAGGAGAAGCUGCUGCGCUACGCCGCUGACAUCACCCAGCACGGCUUCACCUGCUCCCACCUGGAGCUGGACGACCGCUACACCGCCGACUACGGAGAGUUUGACUUUGACCCGCAGAAGUUCCCCAACGCUAGCGGCAUGUUUGACAAACUCAGAGAGGACGGGUUUCAGGUGUCGCUCUGGACACAUCCUUUCAUCAACUAUGACUCCAUUAAUUUUGGCGUCGCCGUGGAGAAGGGACUGUUCGUUCGGGAGCCGAGUGGCGAGCUGCCUGCUCUGGUCCGUUGGUGGAACGGCAUCGGAGGGAUCUUGGACUUCACCAACCCAGACGCCCGUGAGUGGUAUUCCUCACACCUGCAUAUGAUCAAAACCCGCUAUGACGUGACGUCUUUCAAGUUCGACGCAGGUGAGACGAGCUACCUCCCGCGCCAGUUCAGCACCCUGGUCCCGCUGGCUGACCCGUCCACCUUCACCCGCCGCUACACAGAGAUGGCCAUCCCGUUCAGCGAGCGUGCAGAGCUGAGGGUGGGCUACCAGAGUCAGGACAUCUCCUGCUUCUUCAGGAUCAUCGACAGGGACUCUGUGUGGGGUUACGAGCUCGGCCUCAAGUCCAUCAUCCCCACCGUUCUGACCAUCAGCAUUCUGGGCUACCAGUUUGUCUUACCUGAUAUGAUCGGAGGGAACGCGUACCCCAACCGCACCACAGCUGGUUUAGAUGGUAAAAGUGUUCUGCCGGACAGAGAGCUGUACAUCCGAUGGUUGGAGCUGUCUGCCUUCAUGCCUGCCAUGCAGUUCUCCAUACCACCAUGGGCCUAUGACAACGAGGUGGUACAGAUAGCGCAGAAGUUCACCGGGCUCCACGAGACUCUGGUGGCCCCGAGGGUUCUCGAACUGGCAGGCGAGGUUCUCGAUACAGGCGACCCAAUCAUAAGGCCCCUUUGGUGGCUCGCCAACGACGACGAGGCCGCCUACAAGAUCGACUCCCAGUUCCUGAUCGGGGACGACCUGAUGGUGGCUCCGGUGUUGGAGCCGGGGAAGCAGGAGAGGGACAUCUACCUGCCCGCAGGACGCUGGAGAAGCUACAAGGGGGAACAUUUCGAUAAAGGCCCCAUGUACCUCACUGACUACCCUGUGGACCUGGACGAGAUCGCUUACUUUACAUGGUUUCACUGAAGACAUUAAAGACGCAUUACUCACACACACACACAUACUGUAUGCACAUAUACAUUCUUGUGAGCACACACACACAUGCCAAGAAAUAGCAGGAGAUGUUUUGUUUUUCAAAGGGAAAUGAUCACUAGGGGAGUGAUUUUUUUGGGUAAAGAUGAACCUCAUGUCUCCUCUUUCUUUGGACUCCUGCCUACAGAUUAUAACCGUCCACCCAAAGAAUUAGAAAGAAUGAUCACUUCUGAUUCUCUUGCUCCAUCCAUAAGCUAAUCCUCAUCCUCAUGUGCCUUCCACAGCUGAUAGUAAAACCGAUCUCUGAUUGUAUCGUCACAGCGGUCUUCCACCUAACGGACAUCUAGAUUACAAAUGUUCUUCACAGCCCACAGCUGGAAUCAUACUUGCCAACCCUCGCAAUUUUCUUGGGAGACUCAUGCUUUUUAAUUUCCCUCCCCCGGUUUCCUCCCGGGGUCACAGUUCUCCCGUACUUUUUCCCAAUUUAUGGCACAUUUUCACACACAGUUUCUGGACCUGAACAGUGUGUAUAAUCCCUGCUGUCCCGGACGACAAUAGAGCUACACCAACUGUCGUUUCUCGCGGGACAGAGCAGUCUGCGCUCACCACAGCAUGCAGUGCCCAAAGUUGGGCUUUGCUCGACGCAGCGAAAAGCCAUCGUGGCGCGGCGCAAGACGUUAGAAAUAACGGGUUUCAGAGCGCAGUGGUGACGUUGUCGCGUUGUGUCUGAAAGGACCUUCCGUGAGUGAGAGAAGGAGAGAGAACUAAGAGAAAGAAAUACUCAAGCAGUAGCAAAAAUAAAUGUUAGAGAUUCAUACGCCAAGUUCACACCAGAGGGGUGAAUUACUCUGUUUUCUUUCCUGGGAGUAAAAGGGAAAAUGAAAAGUUUAACAUAAAAAUGCUCUAGCAGUGUACUUUUUAUUUAGUUAUUUUCACUCUUUUAAAGUCACUAGAAUGCAGGAAACAAAGUCUCUAAACUCAGUUUUUUGUUCAGAGUCACUUUGGUUUUGAAAUCCUCCCUUUUUUUAAGGUCUCAAGGUUGGCAAGUAUGGCUGGAAUGGUUUCAGGCUGAUGAAGGGUAGAUGAAAUAACUGUGCGAUAAGGGAUUUAAUACGUGUCUUUAUUGUGGCUUGACAGGUUUGGGCACUGAACCGGCAAUAAAUAUGCACUCCGAGUGGGACCGAUGCACUCCUUGCUCAGAGGGCAUGCCUAAACCUUAUGUCACCAUGGCAACUGCUGUGUUGUGGAAAGAAAGCUCCCAACUACCUAUGUUUAAGCUAACAUGCGUUAAUUAAUUAGCAUUGCACUGACAACAUGUGAAUCGCUUUCUCUUUAUAUUUAUUAACUUCUUUUUGAUUGUAGGAUUUGAGUGUAUGUAUACAGUAAACUGACGUGACUCUUGGGUUUAAAUUUUGGUGAUGAUCAACAAAUAUUUGUAUGUCUACAUUCCUGUGACCUGUUGUGCCAUUCUGUCAUUCCAGUGCCAACAUCUAUUCAUCUUCAUCUGUUGUACAAGUUCAAUUCACAGCUCAGGGUGAAAACAAAACAAAAACAUUUUAUUAGAAUGAAUUUUUGUUGAUCCACAAAUAGAUUUAUUAAACUAAUGCUACUGGUUUGCCUUGAACAGGUAUUGUUCUCAAAGAUGACCUUGUUAAAACGUGCCAUCCAUGUCUGCCUGCCUUGUGACUUUAUUUGCCUUAUCAGCUGACCUAAGCUAUGCCAUCUUUAGCACAGAGAACCGGCAGAGUGAUGAAACACACAGUGACGUAUGCUUGAUGCUCUGCAAGCACUGACAUCGCAAAAGUACAUGAAGAUCAGCUGUCUGAAUACAUGUUCAUCUGCUCUCACACGGGCAUUUCUGGCAUGAAAAAGUAAAAGCACACCACUGGUUUAAGUCAUCUAAAUGCCUUGCUUGGAAAUAAUUAUUACUAUAUAAGCUAGAGUCAGCACUGUUUUUGAAAUGUUUAAGUCACUAUGUAUGGAAUUGUUAUGGGAUUAGAGUAUCUUUCACAUUGUUCUGAAGGGUUUUGUUUGUUGAAAAAUGAAACAAUCGCUGUAAA